AGUGACAUCCCGGGGUGGUGUCUGCAGCGGCCUGGUCCUGCCCUGGUCCAGUGAAGGGUCUCUGGGGCAGCAGGGACCAUGGCGGCCUCCAGGACAGCCCCUCGGUCUCCUCGGGACAUUGCCAAUGUGAUGCAAAGGCUGCAAGAUGAGCAAGAGCUAGUACAAAAACGCACUUUCACAAAAUGGAUCAACUCCCAUCUGGCCAAGCGGAAACCCCCACUGCUGGUAGAAGAUCUUUUUGAAGACAUGAAAGAUGGUGUUAAGCUCCUCGCUCUCCUGGAAGUCUUGUCUGGGCAGAAACUGCCCUGUGAACAGGGGCGCCGUAUGAAGCGGAUCCACGCCGUGGCCAACAUCGGCACCGCACUCAAGUUCCUCGAAGGAAGGAAGAUUAAACUAGUCAACAUUAACUCCACUGAUAUUGCUGAUGGCCGUCCCUCGAUAGUGCUUGGACUGGUGUGGACCAUCAUUCUCUAUUUCCAGAUUGAGGAGCUGACCAGCAACCUGCCGGAACUGGAGUCCUUGUCCAGCAGCACCUCCUCCGUGGACAGCACGGUCAGCUCGGAGACCGCCAGCCCCCCCAGCAAACGGAAGGUGGCCACCAGGACCCAAGGAAAUGCUAAGAAGGCUUUGUUAAAGUGGGCUCAGCACACAGCAGCCAAGCAGACUGGAAUAGAAAUAAAAGACUUUGGGCGGAGUUGGAGAAACGGAGUUGCCUUUCAUUCAGUCAUCCAUGCUAUUCGACCAGAGCUCGUGGACUUGGAGAGGGUGAAAGGAAGAUCUAACCGGGAAAACCUGGAGGAAGCUUUCACUCUUGCUGAAACGGAACUGGGGAUCCCCAGAUUACUAGAUCCCGAAGAUGUGGAUGUGGAUAAGCCAGAUGAGAAGUCUAUUAUGACCUAUGUAGCCCAGUUUCUGAAGCAGUAUCCUGACAUCCACAGUACAGGUGCUGAUGGGCUAGGGAGUGAUGAAAUAUUUCCAGAUUUCCUACUCUUUGCAAAUUCUAUCCAAAAUCUUAAGAGAGAAGACAGGCUAAUUCUGAAGGAAAUGAAAGUUUGGAUAGAACAAUUUGAAAGAGAUUUGACAAGGGCACAGAUGACAGAAUCCAAUUUGCAGGAUAAAUAUCAGUCAUUCAAGCACUUCAGGGUUCAAUAUGAAAUGAAAAGGAAACAAAUUGAACAUCUAAUGCAACCACUGCAAAGAGACGGUAAACUGUCACUUGACCAAGCAUUGGUAAAGCAGGCCUGGGAUAGAGUGUCCUCUCGGCUCUUUGAUUGGCAUAUACAGCUCGACAAAUCUCUUCCCGCACCUCUGGGCACUAUAGGUGCCUGGUUAUACAGAGCAGAGGUGGCCCUGCGGGAGGAAAUUAGCAUCCAGCAGGUCCACGAGGAAACGGCCGACACAAUACAGCGGAAGCGUGAGCAACACAAGGAUCUGCUUCAAAACACAGAUGCCCACAAAAGAGCCUUCCAUGAGAUCUACCGGACCAGGUCUGUGAAUGGAAUCCCGGUGCCACCUGAUCAAUUAGAGGACAUGGCCGAGAGGUUUCAUUUUGUUUCUUCCACAUCAGAACUACACUUGAUGAAAAUGGAAUUUCUAGAAUUAAAGUACCGUCUGCUCUCACUGCUGGUUCUUGCAGAGUCAAAGCUGAAAUCUUGGAUCAUCAAGUACGGGAGGAGAGACUCAGUGGAGCUGCUGCUGGAAAGCUACAUCGCUUUUAUAGAAAAUAGCAAGUUCUUUGAACAAUAUGAAGUGACAUAUCAGAUCUUGAAGCAGACAGCUGAGAUGUACGUCAAAGCCGAUGGUUCAGUGGAAGAGGCCGAGAACGUGAUGAAAUUCAUGAGCGAGACCACCGCCCAGUGGAGGAACCUCUCGGUGGAAGUGCGGAGCGUGCGGAGCAUGCUGGAGGAAGUGAUCGCUAACUGGGACCGAUAUGGCAGCACUGUGGCUACUCUGCAGGCCUGGCUGGAGGACGCUGAAAAAAUGCUGAAUCAAUCAGAACAUGCCAAAAAGGACUUUUUUCGAAAUUUGCCUCACUGGAUACAGCAACACACUGCCAUGAAUGAUGCCGGCAAUUUUCUAAUUGAAACGUGUGAUGAGGUGGUUUCCCGUGACCUCAAGCAGCAGUUGUUAUUGCUCAAUGGGCGAUGGAGGGAGCUGUUUAUGGAAGUCAAGCAAUAUGCGCGAGCUGAUGAGAUGGACAGAAUGGAGAAAGAAUACACAGACUGUGUGGCCGCCCUUUCGGAUUUCACAACUGAAGCCCUUAGGAAGCUUUCUGAACCCUUGGAAGUCUCUUUUAUUAAUGUCAAGUUAUUAAUUCAGGACUUGGAGGACAUCGAGCAGAGGAUACCUGUGAUGGAUGCUCAGUACAAGAUAAUCACCAAGACGGCGCACCUCAUUACCAAAGAGAGCUCCCAAGAAACAGCGAAUGAAAUGUUGGCAACCAUGUCGGGGCUCAAAGAGCAGCUGACCAAGGUCAAAGAACGUUACUCCCCGCUCCUCUAUGAGUCUCAGCAGCUGUCAACACCUCUGGAGGAACUGGAAAAGCAGAUGACGUCCUUCUAUGACUCACUUGGCAAAAUCAGUGAAAUUAUAACAGUUCUUGAGCACGAGGCGCAAUCUAGUGCUCUUUUUAAACAAAAACAUCAGGAACUGCUGGCUUGUCAGGAAAGCUGUAAGAAAACCAUGGCGCAAAUUGAGAAAGGCAGUCAAAACGUUCAGAAGUUUGUGACCUUGAGCCACGUGUUGAAGCAUUUUGAUCAGACGAAGCUGCUGAGACAGACAGCAGAGGUUCAAGUUGCCUUUCAGAAUAUGGUAAAGAAAACUGGAGACUGGAAGAAACACGUGGAAACCAACAGCCGCUUGAUGGAGAAAUUUGAGGAGUCCCGGGCAGAGCUGGAGAAGGUGCUCCGGAUGGCGCAGGAGGGCCUGGAGGAGAAGGGGGAUCCCGAAGACCUCCUGAGGCGACACACUGAGUUCUACAGUCAGCUGGACCAGCGGGUGCUCAACGCUUUCCUGAAAGCCUGCGACGAGCUCACCGACAUCCUGCCUGAGCAGGAGCAGCAGGGCCUGCAGGAGGCGGUCAGGAAGCUCCACAAGCAGUGGAAGGAUCUUCAAGGAGAAGCCCCAUAUCAUUUGCUUCAUCUGAAGAUCGAGGUGGAAAAGAGAAAGUUUCUGGGCUGCAUAGAAGAGUGCAGAGCUGAGCUGGACCGCGAGACCGCGCUGGCGCCCCAGGAAGGCAGUGAGAAGAUGAUCAAGGAGCACAGGAUCUUCUUCAGUGACAAAGGGCCGCAUCACCUCUGUGAGAAAAGGCUGCAGCUCAUUGAGGAGCUGUGUCUGAAGCUCCCAGUCCGGGACCCAGUCCGGGACACACCUGCAACCUGCCAGGCGACUCUGCGAGAGCUCCGAGCUGCCGUGGAGGCCACCUACGCGAAGCUGGUGGAGGACCCCGACAAGUGGAAGGACUAUGCCGGCAGAGUUUCUGAGCUCUCAUCAUGGAUCUCUGCAAAGGAGACACAACUGAAAGGGAUUAAGGACGAGACCAUCGAUGCUGCCAACCACGGGGAGGUGACACGGGUUGUAGCGGAGAUAAGAAAUGGAGUUACCCAAAAAGGGGAAACUCUCAGCUGGCUGAAAUCCAGGCUUAAAGUCUUGCUUGAAGUUUCAUCUGAGAAAGAAGCCCAAAAGCAGGGAGAUGAGCUGGCAAAAUUGUCUGGGUCCUUCAAGGCUCUCACAACUUUGCUGUCAGAGGUUGAAAAGAUGUUAACCGAUUUUGGGGACUGUGUCCAGUACAAAGAAAUAGUCAAGAGUUCCCUGGAAGAGUUAAUUUCUGGUUCUAAGGACGCCGAGGAGCAAGCUGAGGAGAUCCUGGACGCCGAGAGCCUGUUUGAAGCGCAGCAGCUCCUCCUUCGUUGCCAGCAAAAGACCAAGGGGAUCUCCGCAAAGAAGAGGGACGUGCGGCAGCAGAUGGCACAGGCUGGGCAGGGAGAAGGUGGGCUGCCCGGCCAAGUGCAGGAGGAGCUGCGGAAGCUGGAGGGCACCCUGGCCGGCCUGGAGCACAGCAGGGAGAAGCAGGAACGCCGCAUCCAGGUCACAUUAAGAAAAUGGGAGCGAUUUGAAACCAACAAAGAGACAGUGGUCAGAUACCUUUUUCAAACAGGCUCCAGCCAUGAGCGCUUCUUGAGCUUUAGCAGUUUGGAAAGUUUAUCUUCAGAAUUGGAACAGACAAAGGAGUUUUCCAAGCGAACAGAGGACAUCGCGGUCCAGGCUGAGAAUCUUGUGAAGGAAGCUUCAGAGAUACCGCUCGGGCCCAAGAAUAAGCGGCUGCUUCAGCAGCAGGCCAAGUCCAUCAAAGAGCAAGUCACAAAAUUAGAAGCCACACUCGAAGAAGAUAUUAAAACCAUGGAAAUGGUGAAAAACAAGUGGGAUCAUUUUGGCAAUAAUUUUGAGACCCUGUCCGUCUGGAUAACUGAGAAAGAAAAAGAACUCGAUGCCUUGGAGACGUCGCCAUCUGCCAUGGACAUGCAAAUCAGCCAAAUUAAGGUCACAAUUCAGGAAAUAGAAAGUAAGGUCGGCAGCAUCACAGAACUAGAAGAAGCAGCUCAGUCUUUUGCCCAGUUUAUUACCACGGGAGAAUCUGCUCGAAUCAAAGCCAAGUUGACACAACUAAGAAGAUACUGGGAAGAGCUUCGAGAGCACGCCCAGGGUCUGGAGGGAACGAUCCUGGCACAUUUAUCUCAGCAGCAGAAGUUUGAAGAGAAUCUUAGACAGAUCCAGCAGUCUGUGUCUGAAUUUGAAGAUAAACUUGCUGAUCCAAUUAAAAUAUGUUCGUCAGCUACAGAAACAUAUAAAGCUCUCCAAGAACAUAUGGAUCUCUGCCAGGCCCUGGAGUCGCUGGCCGGCGCCUUGGCCGCCCUCUCGGCCUGUGCCCAGAAGGUCGCGGGCAGGGAUUGCUGUGCCCAGGAGGCCGCAGCCCUGCAGCAGAGCUACGAGGGGCUGCGCGGCCGGGCGAAGGACAGACAGGCGGCGCUGGAGCAGCUGCUGGCGCACUGGCAGAGGCUGGAGAAAGAACUGUCGAGCUUUUUGACCUGGUUGGAGCGGUGCGAGGCCAUCGCCAGUUCCCCAGAAACGGACACUGCUGCCGACAGAGCCAAGGCGGAGAGUGAACUGCAGCUGCUACAGGCUCUGCAAAGUGAAGUUGUGUCCCAGGCCUCAAUCUACAGCAACCUUUUGCAGUUGAAGGAAUCACUAUUCUCAGUGGCCACCAAAGAUGAUGUGAAGAUGAUGAAGCUGCAUUUGGAACAGCUGGAUGAGAGAUGGAGCGUUUUGCCACAGAUACUUAGCAAAAGGAUUCAUUUUCUCCAGUCUGUGGUCGCCGAACACCAGCAGUUUGAUGAACUGCUGCUUUCCUUUUCUGUCUGGAUUAAGCAGUUUCUGGGUGAAUUACAAACCACUUCUGAGAUAAGCUUAAUGGACCACCAGGCAGCUUUAACACGGCACAAGGACCACGCAGCAGAAGUCGAAAGCAAAAGCGGGGAAUUACAAAGUCUGCAGGGGCACCUCACAAAGCUGGGUGCUCUGGGUCGAGCCGAGGACCGUCACCUCCUGCAAGGCAGAGCGGAUGACUGCUUCCAGCUGUUUGAGGAGGCCCGCCAGGUGGUGGCGAAGCGGCAGCUGGCCCUGUCCCAGUUGGCCGGAUUCCUGCAGAGCCACACCUCUCUGUCAGAGGCUCUCCACCGACUGAGGCAAACGGUGGAAGCCACCGACAGCAUGAAUAAGAAACAGACUGAUUUGUUAGAAAAGGAAUUAAGUGAUGUUAUUCGCGAUGUGAAAACGUUAGAAUCUGCUGCCAUCGGUCUGGACGGCAUUCUUACCAAAGCCCAAUACCAUCUGAAAUGUGGAAGUCCUGAGCACAGGACUUCCUGCAGAGCUACAGCUGAUCACCUUUGCUUGGAAUUAGAGAGGAUCCAGAACCUUCUGGGAACAAAGCAGAGUGAGGCCGAUGCCCUGGCAGCAUUGAAAAGAGCAUUCCAAGACCAGAAAGAGGAGCUGCUGAAAAGCAUCGAGGACAUCGAGGAGAGGACCGACAGAGAGCGUUUGAAAGAGCCCACCCGCCAAGCGCUUCAACAGAGGUUGAGAGUCUUCAAUCAGUUAGAAGAUGAGCUGAAUUCCCAUGAGCAUGAACUGUGUUGGCUGAAAGACAAAGCUAAGCAGAUUGCUCAGAAGGAUGUAGCCUCUGCGCCUGAAGUGGACAGGGAGAUAAAUCGCUUAGAGGUCACCUGGGAUGAUACCAAAAAGCUGAUUCAUGAAAACCAGGGUCAAUGCUGUGGGCUUAUCGACUUAAUGAGAGAAUAUCAGAGCUUGAAGUCAGCUGUAUUGAAAAUUCUAGAAAAUGCCAGCAAUGUGAUUGUAACGAGAACGACCAUAAAAGAUGAGGAGGAUCUUAAAUGGGCUUUAUCCAAGCAUGAAACUGCCAGGAAUGAAAUGUGUAAUGAGCAGAAAGAAUUGGAUAACUUUACCAGUAAAGGAAAACAGUUGUUAUCUGAGCUGAAAAAAAUUCACAGCGGUGAUUUCAUCUUGGUGAAAACGGACAUGGAGAGCACUGUGGACAGAUGGCUGGAUGUGUCAGAGAGAAUUGAGGAAAACAUAGACAGGCUGAAGGUGAGCCUGUCCCUGUGGGCCGAUGUCCUCUCAAGUAAGGAAGAGAUUGAAGGGUGGUCCAGCAGUUCCGUGCCACAGCUGGCGGAGCGCGUCAGCAACCUGGGCGACAGCCUCAGGGCCGAGGGGCUCCUGAAGGAGCUCGAGUCUGAAGUCAAAAACAAAGCCUUGAAAUUGGAAGACCUUCAUUCUAAAGUUAAUGAUCUAAAAGAAUUAACUAAAAAUCCGGAAACACCGCCAGACCUCCAGUUUAUAGAAGCAGACCUGAGGCAGAAACUGGAGCAUGCCAAAGAAAUCACUGAAGAAGCAAAAGGAACUCUGAAAGAUUUCCGGGCUCAGAGUACGCAAGUGGAGAACUUUGUUAACGACAUCACAGCCUGGCUGACAAAACUAGAAGAAUCCUUAGAGAACUGUGCCCAGACGGAGACGUGUGAAGGGCUGAAGAAGGUAAAGGAAAUACAAAAGGAACUUCAAAGCCAGCAAAGCAACAUCAGUUCCACCCAAGAAAACCUCAAUAGCUUGUGUCGCAAGUACCACUCGGCGGAGCUGGAGCGCCUGGGUGGCGCCCUGACCGGGCUGACGAAGAAGCAUGAAGCUGCCAGCCAGCUGUGCUCCAGAGCGCAGGCCGCCCUUCAGGAGUCCCUGGAAAAACACUUCCAUGAGUCCAUGCAGGAGUUCCAGGAAUGGUUCUCUGGAAUAAAGGCAGCAGCAAAAGAAUCAUCAGACAGAACUGGUGACAGCAAAGUUCUGGAGGCGAAGCUCCGUGACCUUCAGAGCAUUUUGGACUCGGUCAGUGACGGACAGAGCAAGCUUGAUGCGGUGACUCAGGAAGGACAAACUCUGUAUGCACAUCUGCCCAAACAAAUUGUCAGUAGCAUUCAGGAGCAGAUUACAAAGGCCAAUGAAGAGUUUCAGGCAUUUCUGAAACAAUGCCUCAAAGACAAACAGGCUCUUCAAGACUGUGCUUUGGAACUUGGGAGCUUUGAAGAUCAGCACAGAAAACUGAACUUAUGGAUCCAUGAAAUGAAUGAGAGGUUAAGCUCAGAAAACUCAGGAGAGAGUAAACAGUACAUUACUGAAAAGAAAAACGAAGUUCAUAGAAUUGAAAUGUUUCUGGGUGAACUACUGGCUGCCAGAGAGUCUCUAGACAAGCUCUCCCAGCGAGGGCAGCUGCUCAGCGAGGAAGGCCACGGUGCAGGGAAAGAAGGGCGCCUGUGCUCGCAGCUGCUCACCAACUACCAGGGCUUGGUCAGGAUGACCAAGGAGAAGCUGCGGGGCUUCCAGGUGGCCCUGCAGGAGCACGAAGCACUGGAGGAAGCCCUGCAGAGCAUGUGGGCCUGGGUGAGGGGCGUGCAGGACAAGCUGGCCUGUGCAGACAGCACCGUGGGAAGCAGAGACACCCUGGAAAAACGGCUGUUACAGAUACAGGAUAUUCUCCUGAUGCGAGGUGAGGGAGAAGUGAAGUUGAAUAUGGCCAUUGGCAAAGGGGAACAGGCCUUGAGAAGUAGCAACGAAGAUGGUCAGAAGGCGAUUCAGACCCAGCUACAGACCCUCACAGAUGUGUGGGCCAACAUCAUGACCUCCUCCGUCAAUGCCCAGAGCACUUUAGAGUCUGUGAUUAGCCAAUGGAAUGACUACCUAGAGUGUAAAAACCAGUUGGAGCAGUGGAUGGAAUCAGUGGAUCAAAAAGUAGAGCAUCCCCUGAAACCACAGCCAGGGCUGAAAGAGAAGUUCUCCCUUCUGGACCACUUUCAGUCCAUUGUCUCCGAGGGAGAGGAUCACACCGAAGCCCUAAACCGCCUCACUGCCAAGUCCAGGGAGCUCUACCAGAAGACUGAGGAUGCGACUUUCAGGGAAGCAGCUCAAGAGGAACUGAAAACACAGUUUAACGAUAUAAUGACUGUUGCCAAGGACAAAAUGAGGAAAGUGGAGGAGAUCGUGAAGGACCACCUGAUGUAUCUGGAUGCCGUGCAGGAAUUCACCGACUGGCUCCAUUCGGCAAAGGAGGAGCUUCACCGGUGGUCAGAUAUGUCUGGAGACUCAUCAGCCACCCAGAAAAAGUUGUCUAAGAUCAAGGCGCUGAUGGAUUCCAGAGAGACCGGGGCAGGCCGCCUGAGCAGAGUGGAGUGUCUGGCUCCCGCAGUGAAACACAACACAACGGCCGGCGGGAGUGAGCUCAUGGACACGGAGAUGCAGGCCCUGCGGGCCGACUGGAAGCAGUGGGAAGACAGCGUGUUCCAGGCGCACAGCAGCCUGGAGAACCUGGUCAGCCAGAUGGCCCUUUCGGAGCAGGAGUUCUCAGGCCAAGUGGCCGAGCUGGAGCAGGCCCUGGGGCAGUUCAGCACCCUUCUGACAACGUGGGCUCAGCAGUUAGCCCUCCUGGAAGGCAAGAACACAGACAAGGAGGUCGCGGAGUGCUGGGCCAAGGGACGGGAGAUACUGGACGCUCUACAAAAAGCAGAGCCUAAGACAGAGGAUCUCAAGUCUCAGCUGAAUGAACUUUGUCGAUUUUCCAGAGACCUGAGUCCAUACAGUGGAAAAGUUUCUGCCUUGAUUAAAGAGUAUAAUUGUCUGUGUUUGCAAGCAUCCAAGAGCUGUCAGAAUAAAGAACAGAUAUUACAGCAGAGAUUUCGAAGAGCCUUCAAGGAUUUCCAGCAGUGGUUGGUUAAUGCAAAAAUCACCACUGCCAAAUGCUUUGAUAUACCUCAAAAUAUUAGUGAAGUUUCAACAAGUCUUCAGAAGAUACAGGAGUUUUCAUCAGAAAGUGAAAAUGGACAGCACAAGCUAAACAUGAUGCUGUCUAAAGGGGAACUUUUGAGUUCUCUGUUGACCAAAGAGAAAGCUAAUGGCAUCCAGGCCAAAAUUACAAAUGCAAAAGAAGACUGGAAAAAUUUUCAUUCAAAUCUCCACCAAAAGGAAUCUACCCUAGAGAAUCUGAAGAUCCAAAUGAAGGACUUUGAAGUCAGCGCGGAGCCUGUGCAGGACUGGCUGAGCAAGACUGAGAAGAUGGUGCACGAGAGCAGCAGCCGCCUGUACGACCUGCCCGCAAAGAGGAGGGAGCAGCAGAAGCUCCAGUCUGUCCUUGAGGAAAUAAACUGCUACGAGCCUCAGCUCAACAGGCUAAAAGAGAAAGCUCAGCAGCUGUGGGAAGGACAAGCUGCCAGCAAGAGCUUUGUGCACAGAGUGUCGCAGCUGUCUGCUCAGUAUCUAGCGCUAAGCAAUGUAACGAAGGAGAAAGUGUCAAGACUGGACAGAAUUGUUGCAGAACACAAUCAGUUCUCCCUUGGCGUGAAAGAGCUGCAAGACUGGAUGACAGACGUGGUUCACAUGCUCGACUCUUACUCCCACCCGACAUCUGACAAAAGCGUGCUGGACAGCAGGAUGCUCAAGCUGGAGGCUCUGUUAUCGGUGAAACAGGAGAAGGAGAUCCAGCUGAAAAUGAUAGUCACCAGAGGGGAAUCUGUCCUCCAGAGCACUGCCCCAGAAGGCAUCCCUGCCCUCCAGCAGCAGCUGCAGAGUGUGAAGGACAUGUGGGCUUCCCUUUUGUCUGCAGUGAUCCGUUGCAAAAGCCAACUGGAAGGAGCCCUGUCUAAGUGGACAAGUUACCAGGAUGACGUCCGGCAGUUUUCCGGCUGGAUGGACGGCGUGGAAGCCGGCCUGAAUGAGUGGGAGAGGCCGUGCGCGGAGCUGCGGGGCAAGACGGCCGCUCUCGGGAAGGCCAAGUUAUUAACUGAAGAAGUGCUGAGCCACAGCAGCCUGCUGGAAACCAUUGAGAUCAAAGGGGCCAGCAUGACAGAGCACUAUGUCACCCAGUUAGAGCUCCAGGAUCUGCAGGAGCGAUACAGAGCCAUCAGGGAGAGGGCCAAGGAGGCGGUGACAAAGUCUGAGAAACGGGUUCGCCUGCACCAAGAGUACCAGAGAGACCUCAAGGCAUUUGAGGUUUGGCUGGGGCAAGAGCUAGAAAAGCUGGAGCAGCACUCAGUUCUUCAAGGUGAUACCCACGCUCACGAAACCACAUUGCGGGGUCUUCAGGAGCUGCAGGUUCGCUGCGCCGAGGGCCAGGCGCUGCUCAACUCAGCGCUGCACACCCGGGAGGAAGUGAUCCCGUCGGGCAUCCCCCAGACGGAGGACCGGGCCUUGGAGUCCCUCCGGCAGGACUGGCAGGCGUACCAGCAGAGGCUGUCCGAGACCCGGACUCAGUUCAACAGUGUCGUCAACAAACUGAGGCUGAUGGAGCAGAAGUUUCAGCAAGUAGACGACUGGCUGCAAACGCUGGAUGAGAAAGUGCGUCUCAGGACCGGGCGCCAGUCUAACCGGGCAGCCAAGGAGACGCAGUUACAUCAGAUGAAGAAGUGGCACGAGGAAAUCACCACGUACAGAGACGAAGUGGAGGACGUGGGAGCCAGAGCCCAGGAGAUCCUGGACGAGCGCCACGUGAGCAGCCGCCUGGGCUGCCAGGCCACCCAGCUGACGUCCAGAUACCAGACCCUUCUUCUCCAAGUGCUGGAACAAAUAAAAUUCCUGGAAGAAGAGAUCCAGAGUUUGGAGGAAGCAGAAUCAUCCCUAAGUUCCUACUCUCAUUGGUACAGCUCUACUUAUAAAAACUUCAAGAAUGUGGCUGCCAAAAUUGAUAAAGUAGAUAAAGCGAUGAUGGGGAAAAAAAUGAAGACAUUGGAGGGAUUGCUAAAAGACAUGGAGAAAGGCCACAGUUUGCUGAAAUCGGCCCGGGAGAAAGGAGAGAGGGCACUGGCCUUCUUGGAGGACAGCGAGGCAGACACUUUAAGAAACGAGAUCCACGGUCACGUGGAGCAGUUGAACGAGCUGACCAGCACUGUUCGGAAAGAGCACAUGACUCUGGAGAAAGGCCUCCACUUAGCCAAGGAAUUCUCAGAUAAAUACAAAGCACUUACGCAGUGGAUAGAGGAAUAUCAAGAAAUCCUACAGGCUCCUGAAGAGCCCAAAAUGGAGUUAUAUGAGAAGAAAGCUCAGUUAUCUAAAUACAAGUCACUUCAACAAAUAGUGCUGUCCCACGAGCCAUCAGUGAAAUCGGUGAGAGAGAAAGGAGAUGCUCUUCUGGAACUGGUGCAGGAUGCUACUUUGAAGGACAAGAUAGAGAAGCUUCAGAGUGAUUAUCAGGGCCUCUGCAGCGCAGGAAAGGAGCAUGUUCACAGUCUCGAGGUGAAGGUCAAAGACCAUGAAGAUUACAACAGUGAGCUCCAGGAAGUAGAAAAGUGGCUGCUGCAGAUGUCAGGCAGGCUGGUGGCACCUGACCUCAUGGAGACGAGCAGCCUAGAGACAAUCACCCAGCAACUGGCCCACCACAAGGCAAUGAUGGAAGAAAUUGCUGGUUUUGAAGACCGUCUGAACAACCUGAAAGUCAAAGGCGACAAUUUGAUCAGCCAAUGCGCAGAGCACCUCCAAGCAAAACUUAAACAAAAUGUGCACGCGCGUCUGCAGGGCACAAAGGAUAGUUACUCUGCAAUCUGCAGUGCAGCCCAGAGGGUGUACCAGAGUUUGGAACAUGAACUUCAGAGGCAUGUCAGUCGCCAAGACACUCUGCAGCAAUGCCAGGCCUGGCUCUCUGCCGUCCAACCAGAUGUAAAGCCAAGCCCCCUGCCACCUCUGAGCAGGGCAGAAGCCAUGAAGCAGGUCAAACACUUCAGAGCUUUGCAGAAGCAGGCAAGGACCUACUUGGAUCUCCUUUGCUCCAUGUGCGACUUGUCCAACUCUUCAGUGAAAACCACAGCCAAGGAUAUUCAACAAACAGAGCAAAUGAUUGAGCAGAGGCUUGCCCAGGCACAGGACUUAACGCAGGGCUGGGAAGAGGUCAAGCACAUGAAGGCUGAGCUUUGGAUUUACCUCCAGGACGCCGAUCAGCAACUGCAGAAUAUGAAGCGGAGGCACUCAGAACUGGAGCUCAAUAUUGCACAGAACAUGGUUUCCCAAGUAAAGGAUUUUGUUAAGAAGCUGCAGUGUAAGCAGGCGUCGGUGACGGCUAUUACGGAAAAGGUGGAUGCGCUAACCAGGGAGCAGGAGUCUCCUGAGCACAAGGAAAUAAGUCACCUGAACGACCAGUGGCAGGAUCUGUGCCUUCAGUCCAACAACCUGUGCUUGCAAAGGGAAGAAGACCUUCAGAGGACAAGAGAUUACCAUGACUGCAUGAGUGUCGUCGAGGUGUUCUUGGAAAAGUUUACUACAGAGUGGGAUAACUUAGCCAGAUCCGAUGCAGAGAGCACCGCUGUCCACCUGGAAGCUUUGAAAAAGCUGGCGUUGGCUUUGCAGGAGAGAAAGCAGGCCGUUGAAGAUCUGAAAGACAAAAAGCAGAAAAUGAUAGAGCAUCUGAAUCUAGAUGACAGAGAAUUAGUCAAAGAACAGACGAGUCACCUCGAACAGCGCUGGUUUCAGCUGGAGGACCUUGUUAAAAGGAAAAUCCAAGUGUCGGUCACCAACCUGGAGGAGUUGGAUGCGGUGCGGGCCAGGUUUCAGGAGCUGAUGGAGUGGGCGGAAGAGCAGCAGCCCAACGUUGCCGAAGCCCUCCAGCAGAGCCCCCCGCCCGAUGUGGCUCCAAACCAACUCAUGGAUCACCUCGCCAUUUGCAGUGACCUGGAGGCCAAGCAGAUGCUCCUGAAGUCACUCACGAAGGACGCGGACAGGGUGAUGGCAGAUCUUGGCCUGAACGAGCGGCAGGUCAUCCAGAGGGCGCUCUCCGAUGCGCAAAGGCACGUGAACUGCCUCAGCGACUUAGUGGGCCAGAGACGAAAGUACUUGAACAAGACCUUGUCGGAGAAAACCCAGUUUCUCAUGGCCGUGUUCCAGGCGACCAGCCAAAUCCAGCAGCACGAGCGGAAGAUAACGUUCCGUGAGCACAUCUGCCUGUUCCCCGAUGACGUGAGCAAGCAAGUUAAAACGUGCAAGAGCGCUCAGGCCAGCCUCAAGACGUACCAGAGCGAGGUCAGCGGACUCUGGGCCCAGGGCCGGGACCUAAUGAAGGGAGCCACAGAGCAGGAGAAGGGCGAAGUCCUGGGUAAGCUCCAGGAGUUGCAGAGUGUCUACGACACUGUCUUACAGAAGUGCAGCCACAGGCUACAAGAACUGGAGAAAAAUUUAGUUUCUAGGAAGCAUUUUAAGGAGGAUUUUGAUAAAGCCUGUCACUGGCUGAAACAAGCAGAUAUUGUUACAUUUCCUGAAAUCAACCUAAUGAAUGAGAGCUCAGAGCUUCAGACACAGCUAGCCAAAUACCAGCACAUUCUUGAGCAGUCUCCAGAAUAUGAAAAUCUCCUACUCACACUCCAGAGGACGGGGCAGGCCAUCUUGCCGUCGCUGAACGAAGUCGACCACUCCUACCUCAAUGAGAAGCUCAACGCCCUGCCCCUGCAAUUUAACGUCAUUGUUGCCUUGGCCAAAGACAAGUUCUACAAGAUCCAAGAAGCAAUCCUCGCUCGGAAGGAAUACGCCUCCUUGAUUGAGUUGACCACCCAGUCCCUGAGUGACCUCGAAGACCAGUUCUUAAAGAUGAGCCAAGUCCCCGCCGCCCUGAGGGUGGAGGAGGCUCUGUGUCUUCAGGAUGGUUGCAGGGCUCUCCUGGGAGAGGUGACAGGCCUCGGGGAAGCCGUGGAUGAACUGAACCAGAAGAAAGAAAGUUUUCGCAGCACAGGGCAGCCUUGGCAGCCAGACAGGAUGCUGCAGCUUGUGACCUCGUACCACAGGCUGAAGCGACAAAUGGAGCAAAGGGUUAGCUUAUUAGAGGACACCACCAGCGCUUACCAAGAACACGAGACAAUGUGCCACCAGCUGCAGAAACAGCUGGAGGCUGCGAGAGCAGAGCAGUCCAAAGUAAAUGAGGAGACGCUUUCCCCAGAGGACAAGCUCAAGCUGUAUCACGCCCUGGCCGGAAGCCUUCAGGACGCAGGGAUCCUGCUGAAACGAGUGACCAUGCAUCUUGAAGAUCUUGUUCCACACCUGGACCCCUCAGCUUACGAGAAAGCCAAGCACCAGAUCCAGUCCUGGCAGGAGGACUUAAAGCUGUUGACUUCGGCCAUUGGUGCGACAGUGACAGAGUGCGAGAGCCGCAUGGUGCAGAGCAUAGACUUCCAGACAGAGCUGAGCCGCUCCUUGCACUGGCUGAGGAGCGUGAAGACAGAGCUGAGUGGGCCCGUGAGCCUGGACCUGAACCUCCGGGACAUCCAGGAGGAGAUCAGGAAGGUGCAGAUUCAUCAGGAAGAGGUGCAGUCCAGCCUGCGGAUAAUGAAUGCCCUGAGCGUCAAGGAGAAGGAGGAGUCCGCGAAAGCCAAGGAGCUCAUUCCCGCCGACCUGCAGCAGUCCCUGGCCGAACUUGCGGAGCUGGACGGGGCCAUUCAGGAGGCUCUGCGCGCCAGACAGGCUACAUUGACUCAAAUAUAUAGUCAAUGUCAAAGGUACUAUCAAGUGUUUCAAGCAGCGAGCGACUGGCUUGAGGAUGCCCAUGAAAUGCUACAGCUGGCAGGCAACGGCCUCGACGUGGAGAGUGCAGAGGAAAAUCUCAAAAGCCACACAGAAUUUUUUAGUGCAGAGGAUCAGUUCCAGAGUAACCUGGAGGAGCUCCGAGGCCUGGUAGCCAACCUGGACCCACUCAUCAAGUCAACUGCAAAAGAGGACCUAGCUCAGAAGAUGACUUCCCUGGAGGAGAAGAGCCGAAGGAUAAUCCAGGACUCACACACCCAGUUAGAGCUCUUGCAGAGGUGUGCAGCUCAGUGGCAGGAUUACCAGAAAGCAAGGGAAGAGGUUAUCGAACUGAUGAAUGAUGCAGAAAAGAAAUUGUCUGGAUUUUCUUUGUUGAAGACGUCUUCCAGUCAUGAAGCAGGAGAAAAAUUGUCAGAACACAAGGCUUUAGUGUCAUUGGUUCAUUCUUUCCACGAGAAAAUUGUGGCCCUAGAGGGUAAAGUUUCACAGCUGGAAAAAGUUGGAAACGACGCAAGCAAAGCAACCAUAGGCAGGUCGAUGACCACAGUCUGGCAGCGCUGGGCCCGGCUCCGGGCUGUGGCCCAGGACCAGGAGAAGAUCCUGGAAGAUGCAGUGGAUGAGUGGAAGAAUUUCAACAAUAAGGUUAUAAAAGCCACCGAAAUGAUUGAUCAGCUGCAAGAUAAAUUACCGGGAUGUUCAGCAGAGAAAGCCUCCCAUGCAGAACUCUUAACUCUGCUGGAACAUCAUGACACAUUCACCCUGGAGCUGGAACAGCAGCAGUCGGCCCUGGGCAUGCUGAGGCAGCAAGCGCUGAGCAUGCUCCCGGACGGGGCCACGCCAUCCCCUGGGGAAGAGCCACCUGUUAUGCGGGAAAUCACAGCCCUGCAAGACCGGUGCCUGAGCCUGCAGGAGGAGGUGAGGCGCAGCGGGAAGCUGCUGAAGCAGGAGCUGAAGGACCGGGAUGCGGUGGAGACUCACAUCAAUUCUGUGAAAUCGUGGGUUCGGGAAACAAAGGAAUAUUUGGGGAAUCCAACAAUAGAAAUAGAUGCCCAACUUGAAGAACUUCAGAUGCUCCUAACAGAAGCCACAAACCACCGACAGAACAUGGAGAAAGUAGCUGAAGAGCAGAAGAGCCGGUACCUGGGUCGGUACGCGGUCCUGCCCUCCGAGCUCUCCCUGCAGCUGGCGGAGGCGGCUCUGCAGCUGGGAACCGUGCACGACCAGAUCCAAGACAAAGUAAAACAAGCUGAACAGAGCAAGGCCACGAGCCAAGAAUUCGGCCGGCAAAUUCAGAAGAUCACCAAAGAUCUCACAGCUAUUCUAACUAAGCUGAGAGCAAAGACAGAUAACUUAGUUCAAGCAAAAACUGACCAAAAGGAGCUCGGGGAGGAAUUAGAUGCCUGUAAUUUAAAGUUGGUGGAACUGGAUGAAGCAGUACAGAAGUUCUCGGAACAGAAUGGCCAACUGGGGAGACCACUGACCAAGAAGAUAGGAAAACUGACCGAACUUCACCUGCAGACUGUUAGACAGGCUGAGAAUCGGUUCUCGAAGCUCAGUCAGGCAUCAUCACAUUUAGAAGAAUGCAGUGAAAUGCUUGAAUUGAUUUUGAAGUGGAUUGACAAAGCUAAAAUCUUGGUACAUGGAAAGAUCGUGUGGAAUUCUGCGAAACAACUUCGGGAACAAUACAUUUCACAUCAGACCAUGCUGGAGGAAUCUGAAGAAAUUCACAGCGAUCUGGACGCAAUGGCUGAGAAGUUACAGUCCCUUGCUAGCGUGUACUACACAGAAAAGAUGUUUCAGCAAGUGGCCGACCUGGGACGGGAGACCGAGGGCUUGCGGCAGGUGAUCAAAAUGCGUUCGCAGAAUCUCCAAGAUGCUGCCGAGGACAUGAGCCAGUUUGAGGCGGAGCUGAAACACCUGCAAGUUGCCUUGGAGCAAGCGCAGGCCACGCUGACUUCUCCGGAGGCCGGACGGCUCAGCCUCAAGGAGCAGCUCUCUCGUCGGCAGCACCUGCUGUGUGAGGUGGAGUCGCUGAAGCCCAAGGUCCACGCCGUGCAGGUCUGCCAGAGCGCGCUCCGGAUCCCCGAGGACGUGGUCACCAGCUUGCCGCUGUGCCACGCGGCCCUGCAGCUGCAGGAGGAGGCCAGCCGGCUGCAGCAUGCCGCCAUCCAGCAGUGCAACGUCCUGCAGGAGGCUGUGAUGCAGUAUGAACACUAUGAACAAGAAAUGCAGCACCUCCAGGAGCUGAUAGAAGGAGCUCACCGAGAGAUUGAGGACAAGCCUGUGGCCACCAGUAACAUCCAGGAGCUGCAAGCCCAGAUUGCUCAGCACGAGGAGCUGGCUCAGAAAAUCAAGGGCUACCAGGAGCAGAUCGCCGCUUUGAACUCCAAGUGCAAGAUGCUGACGAUGAAAGCCAGGAACGCCACCAUGCUGCUGACGGUGACCGAGGUGGAGGGGCUGGCGGAGGACUUGGACAGGGAGCUCCUCCCAGCCACCUCUGCCCACCCCUCCGUGGUCAUGAUGACUGCAGGUCGCUGUCACACUUUGCUGUCACCUGUCACUGAGGAGUCUGGGGAGGAGGGAACCAACAGUGAGAUUUCCUCUCCACCUGCCUGUCGUUCCCCUUCACCUGUGGCUAACACGGAAGCUUCUGUUAACCAGGACAUUGCCUAUUACGGAGCCUUGUCUGCCGAGAGGCUGCAGACAGAUGCCGCGAGGAUCCACCCCUGCCCGGUGCCGCCCCAGGACUUCUAUGGGCCAGGACUGGAGCCCUCUGCGACCGCUAAGCUGGAUGAGCUGCAGCGCUCUUGGGAGACUUUAAAGAGCAUGAUCAGUGAAAAGCAGCGCACCCUCUAUGAAGCUUUGGAGCGACAGCAGAAGUACCAGGACGCCCUGCAGUCCAACUCCGCAAAAAUGGAGGCCAUCGAGCUGAAGCUCAGCGAGAACCUGGAGCCGGGCAGGAGUCCAGAGAGCCAGAUGGCUGAGCAUCAGGCCCUCAUGGACGAGAUCCUCAUGCUCCAAGAUGAAAUCGGCGAGCUGCAGGCGUCCCUCGCAGAGGAGCUGGCGUCCGAGUCCCCCGAGUCUGACCCCGCGGAGCAGCUGGCCUUACAGUCCACCCUCACCGUGCUAGCGGAGCGGAUGUCCACCAUCAAGAUGAAAGCGUCAGGGAAGCGACAGCUUUUGGAGGAGAAGUUAAAUGACCAGCUGGAGGAACAGAGGCAGGAGCAGGCCCUGCAGAGGUAUCGCUCCGAAGUCGACAAGCUGGACCACUGGCUCUUAAGCACUAAGGCCUCUCUGGACGUCGCACUGGGUACCUCCAAGGAGCCCAUGGACAUGGAGGCCCAGCUAGUGGACUGCCAGAACAUGCUGGUGGAAAUAGAGCAGAAGGUGGUGGCCUUAUCGGAGCUCUCGGUCCACAAUGAAAACCUGCUGCUGGAGGGCAAGGCUCACACGAAGGACGAAGCCGAGCAGCUGGCUGUAAAGCUGAGGACCCUCAAGGGGAGUCUCCUGGAGCUGCAGAGGGCCCUGCAUGACAAGCAGCUUAACAUCCAGGGGACAGCGCAAGAGAAGGAGGAGAGCGACGGGGACCCAGCCGCCACCCAGAGGCCCGGCGUCCAGGACUGGCUGGCCCAGGCCCGCUCCGCGUGGGCCCACCAGCGGCAGAGCAGCCUCCAGCAGCAAAAAGAGCUGGAACAGGAGUUAGCCGAGCAGAAGAGCCUCCUCCGGUCAGUAGCCAGCCGCGGAGAGGAAAUUCUAACUCAACACUCGGCUGCGGAGACCUCCGCUGGUGCUGGUGAAAAGCCUGAUGGGUCAUCCCAGGCGUUGGGGACAGAGGGAGAGAAGGCCCCUGCCGAAGCCCAGAUGAGAGUGAAAUGGGAAAGCCUGCACCAAGAAUUUAGCACCAAGCAGAAGCGACUACAGAACACUCUGGAACAGGAAGAACAAGUGCUCUACAGCAGGCCAAAUCGGCUCCUGUCCGGCGUGCCACUAUACAAAGGGGGCGGGCAGACCCAAGACAAAUCUGCAGUGACGUCUCUGCUGGACGGAUUGAACCAGGCCUUCGAGGAGGUUUCAUCCCAGGGUGGAGGGACAAAGAGGCAGAACACUCACUUGGAACAGAAGCUGUAUGAGGGAGUCUCAGCGGCCUCCACGUGGUUGGAUGGUGUUGAGGAACGUCUGUUUGUUGCCACAGCCCUGAUCCCAGAAGAAACGGAGACCUGCCUCUUCAACCAGGAGACUCUUGCCAAAGAUAUUAAGGAAAUGUCGGAAGAAAUGGAUAAGAACAGGAACCUGUUUUCCCAAGCCUUUCCGGAGAAUGGUGACAACCGCGAUGUCAUUGAAGACACUUUGGGGUGCCUUCUGGGGAGGCUGUCCUUGCUCGACUCAGUAGUGAAUCAGCGAUGUCAUCAGAUGAAGGAGAGACUUCAGCAAAUACUAAACUUCCAGAACGAUCUGAAGGUGCUGUUUACCUCGCUGGCUGACAACAAGUACAUCACUCUGCAGAAACUGGCAAACACGUGUGAACGGCCCGUGGCGGAGCAGAUAGAGGCGAUACAACAGGCUGCCGAGGGGCUAAAGGAAUUGGAUGCAGGAAUCGCGGAACUAAAGAAGCGCGGUGACAAGUUGCAGCUUGAGCAGCCCGCCCUGCAGGAACUCUCCAAGCUCCAGGACAUGUAUGACGAACUGAUGAUGACCAUUGGCUCUCGGCGGAGUGGACUGAACCAGACCCUAGCGCUCAAGAGUCAGUACGAGAGGGCCCUGCAAGAUCUGGCCGACCUGCUGGAGACUGGACAAGAGAAGAUGGCAGGCGACCAGAAAAUGAUCGUGUCUUCCAAAGAGGAAGUCCAGCAACUACUUGACAAACAUAAGGAAUACUUCCAGGGUCUGGAAUCGCACGUGAUUUUGACUGAGACGCUUUUCAGAAAGAUAAUCAGCUUUGCAGUCCCGCAGGAGACUCAGUUCCACGCAGAAGUGAUGGCGCAGGCUUCAGCCGUCCUGAAGGGGGCUCACAAGAGGGGCGUGGAGUUGGAGUACAUUCUGGAGACGUGGUCCCGCCUGGACAGAGACCAGCAGGAGCUCAGCAGGCAGCUGGAGGCGGUGGAGGGCGGCACCCCCAGCGUGGGCCUGGUGGAGGAGAGCGAGGACAGGCUGGCCGACCGCAUCGCGCUCUACCAGCAUUUGAAAUCCAGCCUUAAUGAAUACCAGCCCAAGUUAUACCAGGUGUUAGAUGAUGGGAAACGACUCCUGAUGUCCAUUAGCUGCUCCGAGCUGGAAAGCCAGCUGAACCAGCUGGGAGAGCACUGGUUAAAUAAUACCAACAAGGUGUCCAAGGAGCUCCACAGGCUGGAAACAAUAUUGAAACACUGGACCAGGUAUCAGAGUGAGUCUGCAGCCCUAAUUCAGUGGUUACAGUCUGCGAAAGACAGGCUGGAAUUUUGGACUCAGCAAUCCGUCACAGUCCCUCAAGAACUGGAGAUGGUCCGUGACCAUCUGAACGCUUUCCUGGAGUUUUCCAAAGAAGUAGAUGCCAAAUCGUCCCUGAAGUCGUCUGUUCUGAGCACUGGAAAUCAGCUUCUUCGGUUAAAGAAAGUGGACACAGCCGCCCUGCGUUCUGAGCUGUCACACAUAGACGGCCAGUGGACUGACCUGCUGACAAAUAUUCCAGCUGUUCAGGAAAAGCUCCACCAGCUCCAAAUGGAUAAGCUCCCUUCCCGCCAUGCCAUUUCCGAGGUCAUGACCUGGAUCUCCCUCAUGGAAAACGUCAUUCAGAAGGACCAAGAGGACAUAAAACAUGCCAUAGGCUGCAAGGCAAUCAAUGAGUACCUUCAGAAAUAUAAGGGCUUUAAGAUAGACAUUAACUGUAAGCAGCUGACAGUGGAUUUUGUGAACCAGUCCGUGCUGCAGAUCAGCACUCAGGACGUGGAGAGUAAACGCAGUGACAAGACUAACUUUGCCGAGCAGCUGGGAGCAAUGAAUAAAAGCUGGCUGAUCCUGCAGGGCCUGGUAGCGGAGAAGAUCCAGCUGUUGGAAGGCUUAUUGGAAUCUUGGUCAGAAUAUGAAAAUAAUGUACAGUGUAUGAAAACUUGGUUUGAAACCCAGGAAAAGAGACUAAAACAACAACAUCGAAUCGGAGACCAGGCUUCGGUUCAGAACGCAAUGAAAGACUGUCAGGAUCUAGAAGAUCUGAUUAAAGCAAAAGAAAAAGAGGUAGAGAAGAUUGAACAAAACGGACUUGCUCUGAUCCAGAACAAGAAAGAAGAGGCCUCGGGGGCUGUCAGGAGCACGCUGCGGGAGCUCAGCCAGACCUGGGCAGAGCUGGACCACAUGGCUGGGCAGCUAAAGAUACUGCUGAGGUCCGUGCACGACCAGUGGAGCCUCCACAAGGUGGCCUAUGACGAGAUAAACAGCUGCCUCAUGGAGGCCAGAUACUCUCUUUCCCGGUUCCGCCUGCUCAUUGGCUCCUUAGAAGCUGUGCAAGUCCAGGUAGACAACCUCCAGAAUCUUCAAGAUGAUCUAGAAAAACAGGAAAAGAGCUUGCAGAAAUUCAGCUCUGUCACCGACCAACUAUUAAAAGAGUGUCACCCACCUGUGACAGAAACUCUUACCAAUACAUUAAAGGAAGUCACGAUGAGAUGGAAUAACUUGCUGGAAGAGAUCUCCGAGCAGCUGCACUCCAGCAAGGCCCUCCUGCAGCUCUGGCGGAGAUACAAGGACUACUCCACACAGUGCGCAUCCACAGUUCAGCAGCAGGCCGACCGGACCAACGAGCUCCUGAAGGCGGCCACCAACAAGGACAUCGCCGAUGACGAAGUGGCUGCGUGGAUCCAAGAUUGCAACGACCUCCUCAAAGGGCUGGGCGCAGUUAAGGACUCCCUGCUUGUCCUCCGUGAGCUGGGAGAGCAGCUCAAGCCACAAGUGGACGCUUCCGCAGCAUCGGCCAUCCAGUCAGACCAACUCUCUUUGAGUCAACACCUCUGUUCCCUAGAACAGGCCCUUUGCAAACAGCAAACUAUGUUACAGGCUGGAGUGCUUGACUAUGAGACCUUCACCAAGAGUUUAGAAGCUUUGGAGGCCUGGGUAGUGGACGCCGAAGAAAUACUCCAAGGGCAGGACCCCAGCCACUCGUCUGACCUCUCGACCAUCCAGGAAAGGAUGGAUGAGCUCAAGGGACAGAUGUUAAAAUUCAGCAGCAUGGCCCCAGAUUUAGACCGUCUGAAUGAGCUGGGCUACAGGCUCCCCCUGAAUGAUAAAGAAAUCCAAAGGAUGCAGAGUCUGAAUCGGCACUGGUCUCUGAUCUCCUCGCAGACAACCGAGAGGUUCAGUAAGUUGCAGUCAUUUUUGCUACAACAUCAGACUUUCUUGGAAAAAUGUGAGACAUGGAUGGAAUUCCUGGUUCAGACGGAGCAGAAGUUGGCAGUAGAGAUUUCCGGCAAUUAUCAGCAUCUUUUGGAGCAGCAAAGAGCCCACGAGUUGUUUCAAGCAGAGAUGUUCAGCCGUCAGCAGGUUUUGCACUCGAUCAUCACGGAUGGGCAGCGUCUUCUGGAACAAGAUCAAGUUGAUGACAGGGACGAGUUCAACCUGAAACUGACCCUCCUCAGUAAUCAGUGGCAGGGAGUGAUUCGCCGGGCCCAGCAGAGGCGAGGCAUCAUUGACAGCCAGAUCCGCCAGUGGCAGCGCUACAGGGAGAUGGCAGAGAAGCUUCGCAAAUGGUUGGUUGAAGUGUCCUACCUGCCCAUGAGUGGUCUCGGAAGUGUCCCAAUACCACUGCAGCAAGCAAGGACCCUCUUCGAUGAAGCGCAGUUCAAAGAAAAAGUGUUCCUGCGGCAACAAGGCAGCUACAUCCUGACGGUGGAGGCGGGCAAGCAGCUCCUGCUCUCUGCCGACAGCGGGGCCGAGGCCGCCUUGCAGGCCGAGCUCACGGACAUCCAAGAGAAGUGGAAGUCCGCCAGCGCGCGUCUGGAGGAGCAGAAGAAAAAACUGGCCUUCCUGCUGAAGGACUGGGAAAAAUGUGAGAAUGGAGUGGCCGAGUCUCUGGAGAAACUACGAACUUUCAAAAAGAAGCUGUCCCAGCCUCUGCCGGACCACCACGAAGAGCUCCACGCGGAGCAGAUGCGCUGCAAGGAAUUGGAAAAUGCGGUGGGGAGCUGGACAGAUGACUUGGCACAGUUGACGUUACUGAAGGACACCCUCUGCACCUGCAUCAGUGCCGAUGACAUCUCCAUCCUGAACGAACGGCUGGAGCUUCUUCAGAGGCAGUGGGAGGAACUAUGCCACCAGCUCUCCCUAAGGCGGCAGCAGGUCGGUGAGAGGCUGAACGAGUGGGCCGUCUUCAGCGAGAGGAACAAGGAGCUCUGCGAAUGGCUGACCCAGAUGGAAAGCAAGGUUUCCCAGAACGGAGACAUCCUCAUUGAAGAAAUGAUAGAGAAGCUCAAGAAGGUAUGGGACGCCUGGCUCCAUCGGUUUUCCCCUCCUAGUGUUUAG